AGCAGAGAGUAGUGUCUGAACGGUCGCGAGCACACGAGUUUCUCUUGGUGGAAGAUUGCGAGGAAGCGCCAUCGUCCAGCUUUCAUUCAACGUCAUGGAGGACUCGAGUAGUUGACAUUUCCUUAAACCUUCUCUUUUCACGCUUUCCUUCGUACGGUCAUCGAUCCGUAUUUGGUGUAAUCAACGACUUUUCCCACAUUGACGCGCGCCUGUCUCAGUUUGAGGAUGAAGCUCAUCAUCGGCAUCGGAGGGGUCACAAACGGGGGUAAAACGACACUGACGGACAGACUGAUCAAGAACCUGCCCAACUGCUGUGUGGUCCAUCAGGAUGAUUUCUUCAAGCCCCAAGAUGAGAUUGAAGUUGGUGAAGAUGGCUUUAAGCAGUACGAUGUCAUCAGCGCUCUGGACAUGGACGCCAUGAUGAGCACCAUCACCGCCUGGCAGCAGAACCCCGUCAAGUUUGAACGAUCUCACGGCGUCAACAUCAGCCUGGAUUCGGAGAUCCUUUCGCACGCUCAGGAUGAGGACAUUCAUAUCCUGAUCGUGGAGGGUUUCCUGCUCUACACCUACGGACCUUUGAUCGAUGUGUUCGACCAACGAUACUUUAUUUCCAUUCCAUACGAAGAAUGCAAAAAGAGGAGGAGUUCAAGGAACUAUGCCGUCCCGGACCCCCCUGGUCUGUUCGACGGACAUGUCUGGCCCAUGUAUGUGAAACAUACUAAAAUCAUGGAAGACUCAGGAGUUGAUGUCGUGCAACUAGACGGAACCAUGUCUAAGGAACAGCUGUACAACCUUGUGUACGGAAACAUUCUGAACCGCAUCCAGAAGGAUAUGCCCUGAACAAAGAUCUGUUGAUCGGCUUCUGCAGGAGGAAGCGUUUUAUAUGGACUCCUGCGCAGCAGCGUAUACUCCGGCCCGCGGCCCAGACAGCGUCUGCAUUGCUGUUGUUUUUUAUCUGUUUUUAUAUCCUCUGUAUUUAUUUAUCAUCACGCUGUUAUAAAUCUACUCGUCUGUAUCAACAUCAGGACUGAGAAUGAUCAUGCAUGGUUGCAGCUACAAGCACAUAAUAAAAUGAAGCUCCUGCGA